AUGGCGGGCCUCACAUCCCUAGUCAGUGCGUUGCUACUGGGUGCCCAUGUCGCUUACGGUCUCCCCUCAGACGCAACUACUCAGGCCUGCAAUGAGAUAGCCAACUCUCUACCCGGCAAAACCCUGAGUCCAGGGCUUCUCUCAGUGGAAUACCAAUAUGAGACACAACAGUACUGGGCUACUAAUCUUUGGGAAGUCAAACCAGCAUGUAUUGUACAACCAAGCUCUGCUCAGGAUGUUUCUAUUGUCAUCAAAAUCUUGAACAAGUACCCGACAGUCCGCUUUGCUACUCGCAGUGGUGGUCAUGACCCUAACAAAGAUCACUCUACUGUCCAAGAUGGUGUCCUCAUCACAAUGACCGACUUGACUGGAGCAAGCUACGACGCCCAGGAGGAUGUAGCCUAUGUCCGUCCCGGAGGAGAGUGGAAUGACGUGAUAGGUGAUCUCGAACAAAGCGGGGUAGCUAUUGCUGGUGGAAGACUUGGUAUGGUCAUAUACGCGCCUUGGCAAGAUAUUCGCUUACUCAGUCUAGGACUUGUUGGUGUUGGCGGGCUGUUGUUAGGGGGAGGUCUCUCCUUUCUCAGUGCCCAAGAAGGCCUUGCUGCCGAUAACAUUAUUGAAUGGGAGACCGUCAUGGCUAAUGGCUCUAUCGUAAAUGUGAAUGCCGCAAGACAUCCAGACCUUGCGCAGGCCAUGCGUGGUAGCAGCAACCAAUUCGGCAUUGUUACACAAUUCAAAGCCAGAGUUCACCGCAUAGACGAUGUAUGGGGCGGAUCCUGUGCAUACGACGAGACCAAGGCAGACGAGCUCUAUGCUGCGCUACAUGAAUUCGUUGGUCAUGGUGCCGAAGAUCCCAAGGCUGCCAUCAUCUUUACGGAUCUGGUACUUGGCGUUGGCACAAGGUCAAAGCUCAUAUACUAUUUUUAUGACGGCCCUACGCCGCCUACGUCCGGUCCUUUCGCCCAGUUCUUCAACAUCCUCAAUCUGGCUUGUCUACCGAAGAGGCAGAAGUACUCUCAGCUGCUAAGGGCCAAUGGUGAACCGCUUCGCCUCUUGAAUUCUCGUUCUUUCUUCCGCACUGCAACCAUCCCAUACAUCGCCUCUCGUCCACAAAUGUACAAGGAGAUCAGUGAAAAGCUCGCCCAAACCGCUGCCCUCUUUCUGAAUACACCUCCUGUCGUCCGUAGUAUUCAGUUUAGCGUUGACUUCCAGCCUCUUCCGUCUGUAAUUGGCAAGAAAUCAGCGGCCAAAGGCGGCAACGCUAUGGGUCUCGGUGCUUCUGAUCCUGAUCGCAUAGUUCUUAUCUACCAAGCAGCCUGGAACUUGCCAUCAGACGACGAAACUGCUUUUAAUAUUGCCAGAGAGGUUACAAGUUGGCUAGACGAGGUCGUGCCACAGUGGAUGGCAGAAGCAGGCAUGCCCCUGGAUACGUACCUGCCGCUCUUCUUGAACGAUGCUAUGUUUGACCAGCCUGUUCUACAAAGCUAUCGGGACUAUAACAAGUUCAAGGCAUUGCAGAGGAGUGUCGACCCUGAUGGCUUGUUCAGCACAAGGACUGGUGGAUUCAAGUUCUGA